AAACCGAGUCCCAAGUGAUGGGAUGAAAAUAAAGUUGCCGGCAAAAUAAGAUGGGUGGAUGGAUGUGUGGGCGAAAUCAAGAAAGGAGGGCCUGCGAACUCAUGGAAAUGAAAACAAAAACAAGCAUAUUUGCACACCAGGCCACAGCGACGACUACGACAACAACGAAAAGAAAACACAAUGAAAUUAGCAAAACAAUUACAUUUUGGAAAAACGAAAAUUAAGUGAAAAACAAGCAGGGGCAAAGCCCCAAUGUGUAUUUCAGCGGAAAACUUAUGCGAACGACCAGAUAAAUUUCAGCUUCGGACGAAAGAGGACCUUUUCGGCGGGAAAUCGUUUGCGAAAAAAUAAUAAAAUACCAAAAGUAAUCUCAAAGUGCAGUUAAUGAUUUUGUAAUAGAUAUUCUGUUUGAAUGUUCAAAAAAGCACGUUAUUAAAUGUAAACAGUGGCAACUUUAAAAACACAGUUAUAUAUAUUGGAAAAGUAUCCCAGAACGAUUUUAACGAAUAUGGAAACCUCAACAUUUAUAGAAAUGAUAAAUUCAACAGAUGCUGCGGCAAAUACCUUGCAAAGGAUGGCAAGCAGCGGAUCUUCCUAUGAACAAACUACCAGUCCACAGCAAUCAGAGUCAAAUCAAGAAAUGGAGCCUAAACGUGAUUCCCUGCAAGUUGUUAUACCCCUGACCAUAAUCUAUACACUGAUCUUCAUAACCGGAGUCAUUGGCAACAUUAUCACCUGUAUUGUGAUCAAAAAGAAUCGCUCUAUGCAUACAGCCACCAAUUAUUAUCUCUUCAGUUUGGCCAUUUCCGAUUUUCUUCUCUUGAUCUCUGGAGUACCGCAGGAAAUCUAUUUAACCUGGUCCAAAUAUCCCUACGUGUUUGGUGAAACAUUUUGCAUAGGUCGUGGCAUUUUGGCCGAAAUGUCAGGCAAUGCUACUGUUUUAACUAUAACCGCCUUUACGGUGGAACGGUAUGUGGCCAUUUGUCACCCUUUCUUGGGCCAAGCCAUAUCGAAACUGAGUCGUGCCAUACGCAUCAUUAUUCUCAUUUGGAUUCUAUCCAUACUCACAGCUGUACCGCAGGCUUUACAAUUUGGCAUCAUACCCAUCCAUGGAGUGGAGAAAUGUGUUGUGGUCCGCAUUAUCAUACAACAUUCGUUUCAAUUGUCCACCUACAUUUUCUUUUUCGCCCCCAUGUCCAUAAUAUUUGUUCUCUAUCUAUUGAUUGGCAUACAUCUGCACCGAGCCGAUGUAAUCGCAGGAGGUGGGGCAAUAGCAUCAGCCGGUACUUUAGAAGCCGCUAAUGAACAUUGUCAGCAUGGCAAAAAUAUGAUGAUGACCCGUUUUCGUCGUGACAUUUCUGGAGAUUUAAAUGAUCGAAUGACACGGGGUCAACAAGGACGACAAGGCAUGAAAAGUGUCCAGAGUGAUACGAUUUUGUAUCGUUAUUCGGGUGGUGGACAAGUUAAUGCAGUACGCGGAAGAAUGAAUCAAAUCGGCACUAAGAGGGUGUUGAAAAUGUUGGUGGCGGUGGUGAUUUGUUUCUUCUUGUGCUGGGCCCCAUUUCAUGCACAACGUCUCAUUGCCGUCUAUGGUUGGGUGGGCGUGCAAUCCGAUGGUCCCAGUAAUGAUCUCGAAGAAGGUGUUGUCACCGAGGCCAUCAAUAAUGCGGGAUCUUUUACUAUAACCCUAAACGAGGACGCAAGCACAACAGGUGUCGAGAAUGAUCAGAAUACGGCCAACAACAAUCAUCACGAAGUCGUCUAUACUGUAAUGACUUACAUUUCGGGUGUUCUCUAUUACCUGUCGACAUGCAUCAACCCAUUGCUGUACAAUUUAAUGAGUAAUAAAUUUCGACAAGCAUUUAAGUCCAUACUGUUUGGAAAGAAAUCAACAAAUCAACGCAGAUCUCAGAAUUCCCAUCGCAGUAUUGGACGUAAAGUCACCUUGACUUCUACCACGACCACAACGAGAGAUUCCAUAGAUUCGGAACUACAGACGAAGGUGUCAUUAAUGCAGACCUGUUUGAAUGAACGAAAAAUGAAUUCCGAAAUGAUUCCAUAAUAAUUUAUCUAUUCCCCUAUCUUGGCCAUAUGAGUUCAAAUAAUGUUAAUUGUUUUUUGUAUUUUGUUUUGAUUUUCUCUCAAGUUUUUCAUUAUAAAUGAAAUUGUUGG